AUGGAGAAGUCACAACGAGCUGAUUUCUUGUUCAAGGGCGAUCAUGAUCAUGAGGACGUCCCUCUUCCUGGCCACCACGUCGAGGAAGACAACAAGGCCAGCAGCAUGCUGUGCUGCGGCAACUGCGGACCUGCGCCACCACCGAGGGACAGUAGUUGUCGGUCGCCGCCGCCGGAGGCAAAGGCGCCGCGGACAUCUCUGGCGGCCUCAUUCACCAAGCUAUGUCAUUAA